CAUUGAGACGUGCACCGGGCAAAGUUCAAGAAUCAGUUUAUAUGUAUAUAUUUUCAGAAGUUUCGUCAACAUAUCUCUGGGAAGGUGUGUUGAUCGAUAUAGGAAAAAAUGGAAGGUCGUAUAGUUUAUUGAUAGGUUAUUAUCGGGGACCAAGGCAAACUCUUCAGUCGACAAAAGAGAGAUGCUUGCAUGUGGUUCAAAGAAGUUUAGAGAUAUGUUGACGUAACUUCAAUCCUCAUUUGAUCACAGGGCCUAUUUUAAGGAUAUCUUAGUGGGGGAUGAAAUGACAAAAAGGAGCUUCUAGUCAUGAUUGAGGGGAACAUGGUGAAAAGGUCAGAGGGGGUGAGAAGCAGACAUUUUUAGCGGACGAAAUCGUCGUGGGGCAAUCCACUCCCAUGGAUCGGAGUUUUGAGAACAACGAUGAAGGGCCACCCGAAGCUUACCUUGAUGUUUCCAAGUGGAAAUUGUUGAGGGAUUUCAGAAGCGACAGAAUGCACGCCUUGAAAGGCUGUGGAAACACCAAAGUGAACAGAACAUGACAUGUCAAAAUAGAAACGCCUGCUUACGAGAACAACACGCAAGGCAAUUGGAUGAUUUACGGCGAUACUACGAAGACGAGAUAUUCGGCUUGAAAAAGCAGCUGACUGACAUGAAAAACAUUAUCUCUCAACACAAGCAACAAGAAAACGCAGUUCAAAAUGAAUUCGAAAACGUUUCGCAAGCAAACCUUGGGCUCAGCAGCAAAUGCGACGCCCUCGAAAGCGCCAAACAACUCAUGCAAAACCAGUUGACCCAAAUUACAGUUCGAAAAUAAGAGUUGGAAAGUCAGUGUCAGCAGCUUCUCGCUACGAAUCAAAUUAUUGAUGGGAGAUCGAAAGAGUUGAAGUGGGUGAAAGAGGGGAUGGCCGUUAAGAUGAAGGAGGCUGAUGGUCAGCGGGAGAAACUGCAGACCAAAUGUGAUCUUGACUGAAAAGAGAAAGAAAUGUUCGCGAGUUGGAAUUUGUAAUUGAAACAUUGAAAAGAGAAUUAGAAGAUAAGAAAGUGAAAUUUGAGGUGGAGAGAAGUAUGUUUAGUGCAACGCAAAAGAGAGUCGAUCGUUUGGUUGUACAAAAUCGAGAUAAAGAUUUGACCAUUGAAGACCUGGAGAAAAAAGUUGUAUCGCUUGAACAAACAGUCAAGGAUGUGUCCGCUAGUUCUGCCAAGGCUGGACUAAAUGAAAUCAGAGAGAGUAUUCAAAGAGAUAAAGAUAUGUUAAAAAGGGUUCUUAACGAAUACGAUUCUCUCACCGAGAAACAUGAAAAGACGAAGGGACACGUGUAUCUUUUAGAAGAAAAGUUAGCUGAAAGUCAAGGGGAAUUAUCCGAGGCUAAUAUAACUAAGGGAAAUUUGGAAACUUCACUACGAGAAGUCCUGGGCAACCAGAGCAGUUGCCGCAGGAUCGUCGAAAGAUCAAGCAGAAGAACCUGGGAGCAGCCAACCAAUUUUAGCCUUAUCACUGAUAAAAUUAGAGUUGAAAAUAAUAUUAAAGAAGACAGAGAAAGGUUGAAAUAUGAUCACUAUAAGGAGAGCACGCGACGAUUUAGCAAUCGAGCGGAAAGAGAUGAAAUGGUUGACUUGUCAUCGGUAAAGCCAUCAGAUGUUGUCGAGGGUCGUAGGUUCACAAAAUAUCCCAAUGGCUCUAAGAAAAUGCACGAUCGGGAAUACGAGGAAGAAGAUAGUUUGGUCUGUGCUUAUUGCAAUCAACUUUAUAAGAAAGAACAGGAUGUAAAUCAUGACAACGGUGAAUCGAGAAAGCCGGCGAGCCGAAUUCAUAGUUAUGCUCAAAAACACGAUUGAGAGCUAAUAACGAGUCAGGCAAAGGAUCAUUGAACUCGAAAAAAUUUCUUGGAAAGCAAAUUGGACAAAGUUCUCAAAGAACUAGGGAAGAUUCGUCUACAAUUGAGGAGUAGCGAAACUGAUUAGUCCCAGGAACUGUCGUGUUGCGAUGCAUGAAUACCAAACAUGUACAAGUCGGUGAAAAUGUCUGGCGCCGGGAAUAUAUAGAGAAAACUAACCUCAA